AUAUACUUAUCUGUACGUUGUAUAAGUGCUUCCAGUAUUACGUAUGUGCGCUGGGACACUUUAGUGUUUUGUAAACAAGCUAUCACACUGCUUUCGUAGACGGAAUACAGAUGAACGCAAAACGUGGUUUCUUAUCGCGCAAACCCCAAAGGAGUACCAUCCCGUUUUAAAUUUUCAGUUUUUUAACAUAUUUUGUCAUUACAACGAUGGCUUUAGUGACUUUUCUAUCAUAUGGACCUUACUUUAUGAGCGCAGUGGUGCUUCUUUUUACCUACUUAAUCUUGAAAAACCGCGGACUACCCCCAGGUCCCUUUAGUUUGCCUUUAAUCGGUAAUGCAGGCAUAUCAGACAACAAAAAGUUGAUGAUUUUACUGAAGAAUUUGGAGAGAAAGUAUGGAAGCAUAUUUCGGUUUAGACUUGGUGCGCGUCACGUUACCGUGGUCGGUGGACUUGAAAACAUUAAACGGGUUUUGGAGCAAGAUUCUUUGCAACCGUACCGACAAUGGCCCAACUUCAUCACGGCAGUUCAACCAUCUCCAGGCUCUUCAUUGGAGAACGAUGAGCUUUCGAAGGUCCUUGGUCAGCUGUCCAAGAUGACCGCCGAUAAUUUCCUGAGAGAGAAAACCUCAAUAGAGGCAACCAUUCUAGAAGAGGUUCGAAACCUGCAGAGGGAACUGUCGGCAGAGAAAUGUCGACCAAUCAGCAUGCUGAAUAUAGUUACAGAAGCCGUGUACAACAUUGUGUCAGCUGUUACGAUUGGUGAAAGACUUGAGUUUGAUAGACCAUCCUGUAGACGUUUUAAAGAAUGCCUCCAAGAAAUAUCCAGAUGUAGCAAUUUUGUUACCCCUGAGAAUGGCGUCAGUGUCCUUCGGUUCCUGUCCACUAAAAGGAUUUCAAAACUUCGAGAUUCCGUCAAAUAUGUACAAGAGUUUCUAGAACCCAGAUUGAUCAAUCACAAAUCAUCUUUGAUCAAGAAAGACCUUCCGGAUUUCAUAGACGUUUGUUUAAAGCGCAACAGCACCGAAGGAAAAUUAAUCAACGAUGGAGGCAUUCUCCAGGGGGUAAUUAAUUUUUUCGUUAGUGGCUGUGAACCCACCAUCAGUGUAUCGAUGUGGAUGUUUUUGUUGAUGACGCGAUACCCUGAACUUCAAAAGAAAUGUCGCCAUGUCAUUCGACUGCAGAUAAAAGAUGAUGGAUGUGUUUCCUGGGGAGACCGCGAGCAGUUCCCGUUUAUCCUAGCGACAAUACAAGAGGCGCAGCGCUUUUCUAACCCAGUGCCGUUCGGAUAUCCAUACGAAGUUUCGUCAGAAACAGAUGUUGGAGACUUCAGAGUCCCAAGCGGCGACCUGCUCCUGAUGAAUUAUCAGUCGUGCCACAUGGAUCAUACGUACUGGAAACGUCCUGCAGAAUUCCGACCGGAAAACUUCACGGAUUCGGACGGAGAGCUCGUCCACCAUGAGGCCUUCUUGCCUUAUGGAUUUGGGCCUAUAACUUGCAAGUUCAACAGCUUCGCAGACCAAAUUUUGUUCCUCGUUUUUACAAAUAUAAUCAGCAAAUUCGAACUCCGAGCACCGGACGAACACCCAAGUCCACCUCUUACUGCAGAAGAGGGGCCUAUACGAUAUCCCAAACCUUACUACGUUGUGCCGUAUCCCAUACAGGAUGAGAAGGACUAAAACAUGCUAGAGGAUUGUUCACGUUGUGUAAAGGAUUGAGCUUCAAAAGAACAUACUCUGCAUUAUAUAAUAGGUAUAUUGGUGAAUAUUCGCGCGUGGGUCUGACACGUUUGUACCGGGCUGAAACAUGACAGCACUCAUUAAUAUCUUCAUCAGUCUGCAACAUUAAUUUUCAAAUAGGAUUUGCACUGAGUGCCUCUUUCGUGCAGCAUUGUUCUGACAGGAACAGUUGCUGCGAAUGAAUUAUAGUAAAAAAGACGGUGAGAUCUUAACUACAAGGCCAAGUGCUUGGUUUCAAUGGCAAUUGUUUACAUUGGAGGUAAAAAUGUGCUCUGAAUCCGUAGCGUCCGAUGUGACUAGACACAUUGCAAACUCGACUGUCAGGGUAAUUUCCUGUAAUAAUUUGCAUGCAUUAUUUAAAUAAAAAUAUUAUUAGAACUUCAAA